ACUGAUACCCCCUGUAUAUUGCCUCCACAUUGACUCUGUACCUCGAUAUUGUUAUUUUACUGCUCUAAUUAUUUGUUACUGUUAUUUUUUACUGAUCUAUUUUUCACUUAUAAUGUAUUUUUUCUUAAAACUGCAUUGUUGGUUAACGGCUUGUAAAGUCAGCAUUUCACUGUAAGGUCAGCGCUGUUGACAAAUAACAUUUGAUUUGAAUUGGAGAAAAUGGCCAGCUGGGCACAGCAAUAUCCAAUCCCGUAUCACAUUACAUCAUGCUUUCAUUAUUUAUUUGUUUAUCCAACCGUGUGUGUGUGUGUGUGUGUGUGUGUGUGUGUGUGUGUGUGUGUGUGUGUGUGUGUGUGUGUGUGUGUGUGUGUGUGUGUGUGUGUGUGUGUGUGUGUGUGUGUGUAGAGACGUUGGUGAGGGGAGUUUCUGUCCAUAACUCAGGGAUAAAUAGAGAGGCAGAGCUCAGAGUUUGUCAGAAGGUGGACCUGACAGGGUCACACACAGGACCAAGCAGGAGCAGGACCUCAGCAUUUUUACUUUUUAUUACAAAUGGAGAAACAUGAAGAUGUUCAAUACUGUUUUCAGGACAGAAACUCUUCUUGCAGAAAGGCUUUGCUAUCGACAUCUAUCUACAUAACACUGUACAUCUUCUUCUCAUUGAUUUCAGCAGUUACAGUAUUUUUGAACCUACUGGUGAUCAUCUCCAUCUCUCACUUCAAGCAGCUCCACACUCCAACCAACCUGCUCAUCCUCUCUCUGGCUGUGUCAGAUCUCCUGGUGGGACUGAUUGUGAUACCAGUAGCGACUUUAACAAUAAUGGAACCAUGCUGGGGAUUUGGGGAAUAUUUCUGUGUGUUUCAAUUCUACAUUACUUUUUUAUGUACUACUUUAUCACUUGGCAAUUUGGUCUUGAUAUCUAUUGACCGCUAUGUUGCUGUGUGUGAUCCCUUAUUGUACCACUCUAAAAUAACAAUAACAGGAACUAUCUGUUGUAUAUCCAUUACCUGGUGUUGUUGUAUCAUAUACGAUGCUGUUAUUAUACAAAACUUUGUAAAUGUACAGACACCCAGUAGGUGUUUGACAGAAUGUGUUAUCGUUGAAGGAAUAACAUGGGUUAAUAUAAUUUACAUUGUAUUUAUAAUGGUUGUCCCGUGCUCUAUUAUUAUAACACUUUAUUUGAACAUCUUUGUGGUGGCCACAUCACAGGCCAGAAAGGUAUUUUCAAAAGAGGCUGCCAGUGUGUCUGGUGUUAAAACUGUACAGGCAAAUAAGUCUGAGAGAAAAGCAGCAAAAACUCUAGCAAUUGUUGUUUUCACCUAUCUAAUUUCUUGGAUUCCAUCUCUAUUUAUUUACUUUGUUUUUUCUGUUAUAGGUGAUCAUUUAAUAUCAUAUUUCACUAGUUAUCUGGCAUUUGUUAAUUCCUUAAUUAAUCCAAUAAUUUAUGCUUUCUUUUAUCCAUGGUUCAAAGUGACAGCUAAACUUAUUUUAACUUUGAAGAUAAGACGUUCAGAGUUCCUAUAAUAUGAUUCACUAGUUCGGCAAACGUUUGUUUGAUAUAGUUUUGUUCUACAAUUGGGGAAUUAUUUAAUGUUUCAAUACACCGACA